AUGGAUUCAAACAAUUUAAAUGAUCUCAACAAACUCUUUUGGGACUUGAUUGAAGAAGAAUUUAUGGACAACACUGAUGGAGAACUACUAAAGUCAAUGCUUGAGAAGGAACGUCAAUCUGAAAGUUCCUCUAGGCUAAAGAGAAGAAUAGUGAUAGAUCGAAGUCUUGAAGAAGGGCACAACCUAUUAUUCAAUGACUACUUCUUGGAAAAUCCAGUAUACACAGAGGUUCAAUUUCAGAAAAGGUUCAGAAUGCAUAAGCAUGUGUUUCUUUAA